AUGGCUUUCUCCAUGUCGCUCUCCUCCGACAUGCUCCGCGAGGCCCGCACGGCCGGGAGCAGCGGAGGCUGCGCAGCUGCCCGAUCCCACCUCAGCCGAGGGAACAAGGAGCUCAGCGCUCCGGACCCCGGGCCUCGGGAAGACCGGCAGCAGCCGCCCCCAGGAACCGGCAGGAAUGAAGGCCCCGGCGCCGGCUCGGCCUCUGCGGGCGGUUCUAGGCUGGCGGCGGCGGCGGCAGCGGCCCCCGGGAAGAAGCCUUUGUGCUGGGCCCCACGCGGCCGCCUCCCGGCCUCAUCCCCGGCCGGGGAGGCAGGCUCCCGGGGCAGGGCGAGGCGGAGAGGGCCCCGAUCCGGGGCGCUGUGCUGGGGCCUCGAGGGGCCUCCGCUUAGGCCCGGGCUCGCCAGGUCCUGA